AUGUCUAUCGUAUUACCAGCAGGAAGUGUAGAUGGGUUUAAAGCCGUUGGAAAGUACUCGGCACCAAACCGUCGUCCAAUUGAGCCCGUUGGUCGUUACUUUUUAGCACACGCAUCGAGGACCCUUAGGGGCCACACUUGGUCUGAAUUUGAAAAAUUGGAAGCUGAGCGUAAUGUCAAGGAAAUUGAAACCAACGAGGACGAGGAUUUGGGGGAUGAAGAACAAAGCGAAGAGUUAUUAGAGCACGAUCCAAGAGAAUGGAAAACCGCUGAUUUGUAUGCCGUUUUGGGAUUGUCACAUUUGAGAUACAAGGCUACUGAAGAUCAAAUUAGAAGAGCACACAGAAAGCAAGUAUUGAAACAUCACCCAGAUAAGAAGUCUGCUAGUGGGGGAUUGGAACACGAUUCAUUUUUCAAAAUUAUUCAGAAGGCGUUCGAGGUUAUGUUGGACCCAACAAAGAGAAAGCAGUAUGAUUCUAUUGAUACUGAAAAAGACCCAAAACCUCCAUCCUCAAAGGGCAAGUAUGACUUUUUUGAAGUUUGGGGUCCAAUUUUCGAAAGCGAAGGUAGAUUCUCCACAAAACAACCAGUACCUUUGUUGGGUGGAUUAGAUGCCUCCAAGGAAGAAGUUGAUACUUUCUACAACUUCUGGGGUAAAUUUGACUCAUGGAAGACUUUUGAAUUCAAAGAUGAGGAUGUUCCAGAUGACACAGCUAACCGUGAUCACAAGCGUUAUAUUGAACGUAAGAACAUAGCAUCAAGAAAGAAGUUCAAGCAAGAGGACAACAAGAGAGUGAUUGAGUUGGUUGAAAGAGCUCACAGUGAGGAUCCAAGAAUCAAGUUGUUCAAAGAACAAGCCAAGAAGGAAAAAGCAGCAAAGAAAUGGGACAAGGAAGCUGGUUCACGUAAGGCUGCUGAGGAAGCUGCUGCUAAAAAGGCUGCUGAGGAAGCUGCUGCCAAGAAGGCAGCCGAGGAAGAAGCUGCAGCAAAAGCAGACUCCAAAAAGGCCAAGGAAGCUGCCAAAGCUGCUAAGAAGAAGAAUAAGAGAAACAUUAGAGCUGCAGCCAAGGAUGCUGACUACUUUGGCGAUGCUGGGAAAUCAGCUGACAUUGAUGCCGAUGUUGAUUUACUUAUCGAACGUUUUACUGAUGUUCAAUUGGGCGAAGUUGCUUCAAAGUUGAAAGGUGCUGACGCUUCAAGUGUAAAGGCUACUUUUGUCGACACGGUUAAGGAAUUGACCGAUGCUGGUUCCUUGAAUGCCAGUCACUUGAAGUACUUUACCAUUUGA